UCGGUGUAUAGCUUACACACCACAAGUAAAAGUAACAUCAUUUCUCCAUGGAUUAUCUCUUAGUCACCAUCCCACUGCUCCUCGUCGCUACAUUUCUCCUGACGGCCGCCCAUUUCCGUCGCAAAUCCUCCAACUAUCCACCAACGAUCUUCCCAACCAUCCCAAUAAUCGGUCACCUCUACCUUUUAAAGAAACCCCUUUACAGAACCUUAGCCAAACUCUCAACAAAACACGGCCCAAUCCUCUUCCUCCAAUUCGGGUCCCGACCCGUCCUCUUACUCUCUUCCCCUUCACUAACCGAAGAAUGUUUCACCAAAAACGACAUCGUUUUCGCCAACCGCCCUCGUUUGUUAGCCGGCAAGAUUCUUGGGUGCAACUACACGAGUUUUGGUUAUUCCCCAUAUGGGGACCACUGGCGCAACCUGCGCAGGUUCUCUACGGUCGAGAUAUUCUCGUCUCAACGGUUACAAGAGUUUGAAGAGACACGUCAUGAUGAAGCUCGGCUGAUGACACGUAAGCUAGUUUCUGAAUGUUGUGGUUCAUCGCAAAUAGUGAACUUGAAUACGGUUUUUCAUGAAAUGACUUUGAAUGUGAUGAUGAGAAUUAUAUCUGGAAAACGGUUUUUUGGUGGUGAUAAUGAUACGGAGUUAGAACAAGGGAAACGGUUUCGAGAGAUAGUAAAAGAGACGUUUCUUGUGGGUGGUGCUUCGCAUUUAGGCGAUCAUUUGCCGGUUUUGAGAUGGUUUGGAGUUAAAGGUUUGGAAAAGAAGUUGGUUGCGUUGCAGAAGAAAAGAGAUUGUUUUAUUCAAGAGUUGAUUUAUCAACUUAGAAAUGCGAGAGAAGAAUUUGCUGGUGAUAAUUAUAAUGAUAAGAACAAGAAGAGGAAGAAUACUGUAAUUGAAGUGCUUUUGAAGCUUCAAGAGACGGAUCCUGAAUAUUACAAUGAUCAACUUAUUAGAAGCUUUGUAUUGAACCUAUUGACAGCGGGUACUGACACCUCUACUGCGACCAUGGAAUGGGCGUUUUCCCUUAUGCUCAACCAUAUGCAUGUUCUAAAGAAGGCACAAAAUGAAAUUGACAGUUGCGUGGGAAAAUGCCGUCUUGUUGACGAAUCAGACAUAGCCAGUCUACCUUACCUCCGAUGUAUUAUAAAUGAAACCUUACGAAUGUACCCUCCAGGCCCAUUACUCGUACCUCACGAGUCAUCAGACGAUUGUGUGGUCGGAGGCUAUCAUAUUCCACGUGGAACAAUGUUACUUGUUAACCAAUGGGCCAUACAUCAUAACCCUGACUUGUGGAGUGAUCCUGAAAGAUUUUUCCCGGAAAGGUUUGAAGGGAUAGAAGGUGAGAGGGACGGGCUAAAAUUCUUGCCAUUUGGGUUUGGAAGGAGGAGUUGUCCAGGAGAAGGAUUGGCACUGCGUGUGAUUGGGCUGACUUUAGGGUUGCUCAUACAAUGCUUUGAUUGGGAAAGGGUUAGUGAGGAGAUGGUUGAUAUGAGUGAAGGUCAUGGGCUCACUAUGCCCAAAGCUCAGCCUUUGGUAGCCAAGUGCAGUCCACGUCUAGUGACUCAGUUUGUUUAAAGUGUUUGACUCGAUUUUGUCCCUCAAGUUAACCAUGUAAUAUGAAAAACAGAGAAGGUAACCUUGUUUGUAAAAUACUCGUGGCAUAAUGAUGUAAAAAAUGUGAGUUCAGUUAAA